GUCCUCCAUCAAUGUUACUUUCUUGUAUCACGAACCUUGUCCCUUCUGUUUCUGUAUUUGACAACACUUUAUCAAUCAAUCAAUUGAACUAUUUUUUCAUCAUACAAGUUCUACGGAAGCUCCAAUAUUAUUCAAUCAUGGGGCCACAAAUCGAAAAUGGUCCCAACAAUUACGUGAAUCUGGACUACAUUUUUCAGAUAUGUUAUCUUCUUCGAUCCAGCAGAGUGUGAUGCUUCCAAGAUGGAGAAGUUGGUGGAAGUGUCGGACCAGGUGGUAUGCAUCGACUUCGUGCUCGGAACCAAAUGCAGAGCCACCGUCCGCCUCAGAUCUCUCAGCGCUACCACCUCAAUCGCCUUCAAAAUCCAAACCUCAUCUCCUCACAAGUUCCUGGUCAAUCCACCGAGUGGACUCAUCUCUCCUCUCUCUCAAUCCACCUUCCAAAUAAUCCUCAGACCGCAACCGAAAAUUCCUUCUACUUUCCCUCGCUCCGCCUCCGACCGCUUCCUCAUCCGCACCUCCCUAGUCGAAUCCUCCGUGUCGACCAACCCGGACACCAUCACCUCCUGGACGCAUGACAUUAAACUGAAAGUCGCCUUCGUCGGUCCGUUCCUGCUCCGGCAUGCGGUGAAUAUCGGUGACUGCGACGCUGUGAGGAGUAUGUUAAAGUUUCAGAGGACGCUUUUAACCGAGUUAUCGACUCGUGAGGCUGAAUCGCUCCACCGUGUGGCUGUCAGGUUGGAUAAUUCUGUUGAGAUGGUGAGUUUGCUGCUGGAGGUCGGGUUGAAAAUUGAUUCAACAACUCGGAUUUUAGAAGACGUGGAAGAAUCUAGAUGGACGGAGAAAGGGUGGUCGGAAUUACACGUGGCGGCGGCGUUUGAUCGGACAGAUGAGGUUUCGAGAUUGAUUAAAAUGGGAAACCGUAGGGGGUUGGAUUGCAAAGAUAAAGAAGGAAAGACACCGUUGUAUUUAGCGGCGAGCAAAGGGUAUGAGAGGUGUGUUAAACUGUUGGCGGGUGCAGGUGCUACCGUGGACGCUAGACGUAUUGAUGGUUGGACGGCGUUGUACAGAGCAGCAGCGAAAGGUGACCGUCGGAUGGUAAAAGUGUUGGUCGAACUUGGUGCAGAUCCUUCGAUCGUCGCCGAUAAUCGGAAUCGUUCCGCCAUUGAUGUAGCACGAGAUGAGGGACAUAAAGAAGUGGUCGAAACCCUAGAACGAGGGGAAGAGGUGUUAAACGCCGCACGCCGGGGAGAUCUGGGGCGCCUAGAAUUUCUGUUGGAGACAGAUGCGAGUGUGGAUUUUCGAGAUCAGUAUGGUUUGACUGCGAUUCACAUGGCAGCCAUUAAAGGCUACAAAGAUGUGGUGAUGUUGCUGGUUGAGUUUGGUUCUGAUCUGGAAUGCACGGAUGCGGAAGGGCGGACGCCGCUGCAUAUGGCGGUGGUUGGCGGCGACAAAGAUACGGUGGAGGUGCUGGUAAUCAGAGGAGCAAACGUGAAUGCCAAGUGUAAUAGAGAUGUAACGCCAUUACAAGUUGCUGAAGCAAUGGGGAAUGAAAGUCUAACACAGUGUCUCCUUCUCCAUCAAGCUACUUGUUGAUAUUUCAUCAUUUGGCUUUUAACUCUUUGCCCAACCUCAAAAUCUGUUCAACGUUUAAAAUCAUUCCCACAACGUUUAAAAUGAAAUUUAAACAUUUUAUUCUUUCUUUUCAAAUCUCCUCCCAAAUCUGGAGAAAAGUUAGGAGGGAAAGUUUUCUGUCCAUUUCCUUUCACUUUCUCUAUUCUCUCUUGUUUUCCUCUUAUUUCCUCCCAUUUCCUUUCUUUUCUCUCUUUAAGUUGAACUCAGGAGCAGGGUGUAAGGAAGAAGAUGCUUUCUUUUAUUUUAUUCCCUCAUUAAAAGAAACUCAAAAAACACAAUUAACCAUUUUUCACAAUUUAUGACAAAAUAACUAAAUAUUUUGCUUGGACCGUAAACCGGAACUGAAUGAACACUGAAUGAAUGUUCAAUGAAUCAUUUGGCUGGGAGUUUGUUUAUUUAAUAAAUGAAUGAACAUGAAUAAAAUUAUUUUUUGGUUUGGUUAAACGAACAUGAACAUUGGUGUUGUUCGUUCCUUUAUGUUUGUAGUUAUCGUAUGAUUUGCUAUAAUACAUGUAUAUAUGUAUGGUUUUUUUACA